CAGCAACCUCGCAGGACGGUGGCUGGCGGCAGAGACCCACGGGAGCCCCCAGCGAUGUCGCGCCUGUUCCUCGCCUGCCUGCUGGCCGUCUUCCCAGUGGUCUCCAUGAAGAGUCCCAUCUUCGGUCCCGAAGAGGUGACCAGUGUGGAAGGCCGCUCAGUGUCCAUCACGUGCUACUACCCGGCCACCUCCGUCAACCGGCACACACGCAAGUACUGGUGCCGGCAGGGAGCCAAGGGCCGCUGCACGACCCUCAUCUCCUCAGAGGGCUACGUCUCUGACGACUAUGUGGGCAGAGCCAACCUCACCAACUUCCCGGAGAGUGGCACGUUUGUGGUGGACAUCAGCCAUCUCACCCGGAAUGACUCAGGGCACUACAAGUGUGGCCUGGGCAUUAGCAGCCGUGGCCUUAACUUCGAUGUGAGCCUGGAGGUCAGCCAAGAUCCUGCACAGGCAAGUGAUGCCCACAUCUACCCUGUAGACAUGGGCAGGACCGUGACCAUCAACUGCCCUUUCACGAGCGCGAAUUCUCAGAAGAAAAAAUCCUUGUGCAAGAAGACAGGCCAGGACUGUUUCCUAAUCAUCGACUCCACCGGGUAUAAGAACAAAGACUAUAAAGACAGAACACGUCUCAAUAUCCCGGGUACCGACACAUUAGUGUUCAGCGUUGUCAUCAACCGAGUCCUGCUCAGCGAUGCUGGGAUGUAUGUCUGCCAGGCUGGGGAUGAUGCUAAAGCCGAUAAGAGCAACGUUUACCUCCAGGUGCUGGAGCCCGAGCCUGAGCUGGUUUACAGAGACUUGAGGAGCUCGGUGACCUUUGACUGUUCCCUGGGCCCCGAGGUGGCAGAUACAGCCAAAUUUCUGUGCCAGCAGAAGAAUAGGGAAGCUUGCAAUGUGGUCAUCAACACCUUGGGGAAGAAGGCUCAGGACUUCCAGGGCAGGAUUCUGUUCCUGCCCAAGGACAACGGCGUCUUCAGUGUGCACAUUACCAGCCUGAGGAAAGAGGACGCGGGGCGCUACGUGUGUGGGGCCCAGCCUGAGGGUCAGCCCAAGGAAGGCUGGCCUGUGCAGGCCUGGCAACUCUUCGUCAAUGAAGAGACGGCAAUCCCCGCAAGCCCCUCCGUGGUGAAAGGUGUGAAGGGAGGCUCUGUGACUGUAUCUUGCCCCUACAACCCGAAGGAUGCCAACAGCGCGAAGUACUGGUGUCGCUGGGAAGAGGCUCAAAACGGCCGCUGCCCACGGCUGGUACAGAGCAAGGGGCUGGUGAAGGAGCAGUACCAGGGCAGGCUGGCGCUGCUCACCGAGCCGGGCAACGGCACCUACACCGUCAUCCUCAACCAGCUUACGGACCAGGACUCUGGCUUCUACUGGUGCGUGACCGACGGCGACACGAGCUGGACGUCCACAGUGGAGCUCAAGGUUGUUGAAGGAGAACCAAGCCUCAAGGUACCCAAGAACGUCACAGCUUGGCUGGGAGAGGCCUUCAAGCUCUCCUGCCACUUCCCCUGCAAGUUCUACUCCUUUGAGAAGUACUGGUGUAAGUGGAGCAACGAAGGCUGCAGCCCCCUGCCCACCCAGAACGACGGCCCCAGCCAGGCCUUCGUGAGCUGCGACCAGAACAGCCAGAUCGUCUCCCUGAACCUGGACACGGUCACCGAGGAGGAUGAAGGCUGGUACUGGUGCGGAGUGAAGGAGGGCCCCCGAUACGGGGAGACGGCGGCUGUCUACGUGGCAGUGGCGAGCAGGGCGAAGGGGUCCCAAGACGCCAAGCAAGCGAACGCUGCCCCUGCGGGGGCGGCAAUAAAGUCAAGGGCCGGGGAGAUCCAGAACAAAGCCCUUCUGGACCCCAGGUUUUUUGCAGAGGAAGUCGCCGUGAAGGACGCUGCUGGUGGGCCCGGAGCACCCGCAGAUUCCAGCCGACCUGCAGGACACAGCGGGAGCUCCAAAGUGCUGAUCUCCACCCUGGUGCCCCUGGCCCUGGUCCUGGCUGCAGGGGUCGUGGCGAUCGGGGUGCUCCGAGCUCGGCACAGGAAGAAUGUCGACCGGAUUUCAAUCAGGAGCUACCGGACAGAUAUCAGCAUGUCGGACUUUGAGAACUCCAGGGAUUUUGAGGGACGCGACAACAUGGGAGCCUCUCCAGAGGCCCAAGAGACGUCUCUCGGAGGGAAGGACGAGUUUGCCACUGCUACCGAGGACACCGUGGAGAGCAAAGAACCCAAGAAGGCAAAGAGGUCAUCCAAGGAGGAAGCCGACGAGGCCUUCACCACCUUCCUCCUCCAGGCCAAAAACCUGGCCUCCGCCGCAACCCAGGACGGCCCAACAGAAGCCUAG